AUGGAGAGAAUGAAUAAUGUGACAGAAUUCAUCUUCCUGGGCCUGACGCAGAAUGUGGAACUUCAGAAAUUUUCAUUUGCUGUGUUUUUAAUAGUCUAUUUGGUCACUGUGGCAGGCAACUUGCUCAUCAUCAUCACUGUGAGCACCAGCACAGCUCUGGGGUCUCCCAUGUACUACUUCUUGUCUUAUUUAUCCCUUAUAGAUGGCUGCUGUUCUUCCUCCAUGGCCCCUAAGAUGCUAGCUGACUCUCUGGCUGUGAGGAAAACCAUCUCAUUCAGGGGGUGCAUGAGUCAAGUCUUUGCUGAACAUCUUUUUGGUGCAGCUGAGAUUAUCCUGCUCACAGUGAUGGCCUAUGACCGCUAUGUGGCCAUCUGCAAACCCCUGCACUACACAAGUAUCAUGAGACAAAAGGUGUGUGGCCUCCUCGUGGGAGUGGUCUGGGCUGGAGGCUUUGUCCAUGCAACCAUUCAGAUCCUCUUCACAGUCUGGCUGCCCUUCUGUGGCCCCAAUGUCAUAGACCAUUUCAUGUGUGACUUGAACCCUUUGUUAAAACUUGUCUGCAUGGAUACCCAUAUCCUUGGUCUCUUUGUUGCUGCCAACAGUGGGUUUAUCUGUCUGUUAAACUUCCUCCUUUUGAUGGUUUCUUAUGUGGCCAUCCUGUAUACUUUGAAAUCUCACAGCUUGGAGGGGAGACGCAAAGCCCUGUCCACCUGUAUCUCACACAUCACUGUGGUCAUCUUAUUCUUUGCGCCCUGCAUAUUUGUGUAUCUUCGCCCAGUGAUCACCUUCCCCAUUGAUAAAGCAGUAGCUGUGUUUUAUACCAUGAUAACUCCCAUGUUAAACCCCUUGAUCUACACUCUCAGAAAUGCAGAAGUGAAAAAUGGCAUGAUGAAGCUCUGCAGUCAAAUGGUGAUUUCAACUGAGAUGUUUUCAAGGCAAUAUAAAAAAUGA